AUGUUGGAGACUGCCGCAAAGUCUGCUUCCAAGGGCCAACGGCCACCUCGCCAUGCAGGGGAGCAGGCAAUGCCAGAGCGGACGGCUAUCAAUGACGAGGCCGCCCUGAAGAUGGCAAAGCUGGCUCUUGACGCAAAGAACAGACUUCGGCAAAAGAGAAAUCCCGGGAUCAAAGACAGACAAGUCGAGGAUAGUCCUGCAAAGCAGCAACUGGGGGCUCAACAGGACAAAGAGAUCGAUGGUGGCGGGGCGAUUGGACCGACCGGCCACCAAGGAACUCAAGAAGGGUCUUCCCAUACGAGCCAAGAAAGCGGUGACUCCCCAGUCUCGUGGCCAGAGCAGGCGUUCGUGGACACCGAAUAUGACCGGUUUCGACUUCCGCUGAAGUCUAUGUAUAACGGAACUGGCGAGUGGCCAAAGAAGGUUGGCAAGGCUGGCAUGCAGUGCUCUUGGAGCAAUGUUGGCUUCCCCCGUGACAAGUCACUGGUUGUUCCCGACUUCGAGGCGGACACCAAUAUCGACGGAGAUGAGCCAUACGUCUCGAAUCUAGCCACGGAUAUUAGCAACAUCCUAUCAAACGACCCAGAAGAGAUUGCUGACGACCGAGCUGUGGUGACGUUCCAGGAGCACAACGGCACCAUUGACACAUUCAAGGUCCAUGGGCGCACUGUCUGUCGCGUCCGGUUCAGCGACGUCGACGCCUUUGGCAAGGGUUCCCCGUACAGUCUUUCUGAAGUCUCCAAGCGAGUUGAAAAGAAGAUUGACAAGGACUUCGGCAAACAGCCUGACAUGAAGGUCGAGCGCUGGGUAACAGCUCGUGUUCUCUUAUCCAUGGGUGGACAGAUCGGGGGCAUGACUGACGAUUAUUGGCAAAAGGCCCGUAGCCUUGCCCAACAACAGCUGUAUCUCAAACCCGACCUGGAAGAUCAAGUCAGACAGCAGAUCGAAGCAGGCGACCUCGAGAAGGACCCAGCUUUCUCCAAGAUGAUGAGAUACGUGGAAAAGGGCUGCCGCAUCAAGACUUACAACCAGUAUCACCAGGCCAAUCGAAACGAGUAUGCGGUUGACAAUGGCCUCCUAUACAAGAUUCAGGGAGUCGACAUCGUCCUCAUCCUGGACCAGUCGGAUAACAUAAUCCUCUUCCAGUGCACGAAUGUCUUCGACCAGCUCCUCACAAAAGCUGUCCAAAAGCAGACUGUCCAAUCGUUUGAAACAUACAGCACACUCACCCCCGUACCAUUCCCGGACAUGAACCGGCAUGGCCUACAUUGGGUCUCCUUCCUUGCUGAGAGACCCGACCUGGACUUCCGAGACCCGGAUAAUGACCCAAGCCUGGCCAAAUCAGGUGUUUUCCAUAUCGGAGGUCACUGUGCAGUCGGUGACCCGAAUGGGAAGAAGAGGCCAAGAGACACGAAGGAUACUCUCGCAAGGAGGCUGCCUGAGAAGGGGUUUGACAUAGGCGACGCCUCUUAUUACCAGGUGAAGCUGCGUUACAGCGCUCUCGGAGCAUGCACAGAGAUCUCCAAGUUCUUUUUCAAGAUCCUCGAUCCCGACCUGCUGGAUGAGUACAUUCGUGUUGCAGAUGAGGUCGCCAAAGGCGAAUACGUCCACUUUCAGACAAGACGAUCCGGAGAGCCGUUCGUGAUGAGGGCGCUGCUAGUUAACCUGAUGACCUAUGAGCACAGGGACACUGGGGAUUGGCACCACGGGUACGCGUUCCUCCUGCCUGUCGGGGACUACAAGGGCGGCGACCUUGUGCUUCGUGAGUUGGGCCUGCAGAUCGAGGCCCCGACUGGCUGCUUCCAGAUGUUCCGCGGUCGCGAAUUGAGGCACUCCAUCACGAAAUGGACGGGAAGACGCUUUGUCUGCGUCAAUGUCACCCACGAGGCUGUCCGCAGGUGGGCGCUGCGCUCGCUCGGUGAGGAGGUGACCGAGACCCCGACGUCCUUGGCGCCGUCCAUAAUGGCGGAUUGUAUCGACCAGGAGCCGGAGGAUAUUGUGCCGGAGCACCAGCGUGUUCUUUCUGAGAGGGAGAUGCUCCCAGAAACUUACGAGAGCGAGGCGGAGUUGGAAGAGUCGGAGCAAGGCAGCUCAGAGGCCUCGUUCCCAUCAGGUGCUGAGCGGCAGCGCACGUCCGGAACGAAGUACAGGGUGGAUAGCUCAUCUGAUGCGUCAGCUGAGGCUAGCGGCGACGGCGAACCAGCUGCAAAGCGGCAGAAGAAGGCUUGA